AUGUCAAACCAGACCACCGUUAGGGAAUUCGUUCUCCUGGGUCUGUCUGAUGACCCCGGCCUUGAAAUCCUGAUAUUACUCUUGCUUUUCAGCACAUACCUGAUGACCGUCAUGGGAAAUGCGGUGAUUAUUACAAUCACACUGGUGGAUCACCGUCUCUACACCCCAAUGUAUUUCUUCCUCCGUCAUGUUGCAUUUGUAGAUAUCGGGUACACCACUACCAUCCUUCCCAACACAUUAAUCAACAUGGCUUUGGGACAAAGGACAAUUUCAUUACCUGGUUGUUUCAUGCAGUUCUUUAUGCACUUUGGAUUGGGUAGCACAGCAUCCUAUUUACUGGCUUUAAUGGCCUUUGACAGAUAUCUGGCCAUCUGCAAGCCUCUUCACUAUUCAUCCAUAAUGAAUGGGCAAAUCUGCUCUUUGCUGGUGCUUUGCUGUUGGAUUGUAGGUUUUCUGAUAGUGCUGCCAUGCCCUUUGGUGUUCCCCCCUGCUAUGCCGUUUUGUGGCCCAAAUAUCAUCGACCAUUUUUUCUGUGACAAUGAACCUUUAAUCAAACUUGUUUGUGCCGACACCGCUCUGCUAGAACGCAUCGAUUUCAUUAUUGCUGCACUGACUCUCACUGGGACUUUGCUUGUAAACCUUGUGUCCUAUAUCCAUAUUAUUUCUAGUGUCAUGCGCAUCCCGUCAACUACAGGAAGGCAGAAGACCUUCUCUACUUGUUCCUCCCACCUCAUUGUGGUCUCCAUCACUUAUGGCAGUUGCAUUUUCUUGUAUGUAAAGCCAAACAACACCAGUAAAUUUGAUUUUGGCAAGUUGGUGGCUGUACUUAAUACCAUUGUAUCGCCUCUUCUGAUCCCAUUUGUAUUUUGCCUAAGGAACAAACAAGUGAAGGAUGCUUUAAAAGGAGCAUUUAGGCAAGGUGUAGUUUUCCAAAAACACUAG